GGGAAGUCCUUGAUAUUUCUGUGACAUAAUUCUGGUUAUUUUGCACACGUUGUAUUCUCCAUAGUGAACAUAUUGAUCAUGGCAUGGGGGAAUCAGACCUUCAACUCUGACUUCAUCCUCCUGGGAAUCUUUAAUCACAGCCCCACUCACACUUUUCUCUUCACUCUGGUCUUGGGCAUCUUCUCAAUGGCCGUCAUGGGGAACUCUGCCAUGGUUCUCCUCAUCUGUUUGGACACCCAGCUCCACACCCCUAUGUACUUCCUCCUCAGCCAGCUGUCCCUCAUGGACCUCAUGCUCAUCUGCACCACUGUACCCAAGAUGGCCUUCAACUACUUGUCUGGAAAAAAAUUUAUCUCUCUAGCAGGUUGUGGAACUCAGAUAUUCUUCUAUGUGUCCCUACUUGGAGCUGAAUGUUUCCUUUUGGCUGCAAUGGCCUAUGACCGGUAUGUAGCCAUUUGCUACCCAUUAAGAUACCCAGUCCUCAUGAGCCAAAAAAUCUGUGGUCUCAUGGCUGCUGCUUCUUGGAUUCUCGGCUGCCUUGAUGGUAUAAUUGAAGUUGCCGUUGCACUGUCCUUCUCAUACUGUGGUGCCCGGGAAAUACCCCAUUUUUUCUGUGACGUUCCUGCCCUUCUUACUCUCUCAUGCAAUGACACCUUGAUGUUUGAAAGGAUGAUAUUCAUCUGCUGUGUAAUUAUGCUUCUCUUCCCUGUAGCAAUUAUCAUUGCUUCCUAUGCUCGAGUUAUUCUGGCUGUCAUUCACAUGGGAUCUGGGGAGGGCCGCCGUAAAGCUUUUGCUACCUGUUCCUCCCACCUCAUGGUGGUGGGAAUGUACUAUGGAGCGGCCAUGCUUAUGUACAUGCGACCCACAUCUGAACGUUCACCCACCCAGGACGAGAUGGUGUCCGUAUUCUACACCAUCCUCACUCCCAUGCUGAAUCCCCUCAUCUACAGCCUCCGGAACAAAGAAGUGGCCAGAGGGUUCAUGAAGGUAUUUGGGAAGGGCAAGUCUGAAGAGUAA